CUCUCUCUCUCCUCUCUCCGCGCGCGCAGCUCCAUCCUCUCAGUCUCUGAUCAAUAGAUCGAUCGGUCGGUCUCGUGUCGGUUGGGAUCGACCCGCUCGCGCUCAGCAGGAUGUCCGGCAGCAAGGAGGAGGACCGGAAAGGCUCGGGCGAGUGGCGGGAAUUCUUCUGGAACCCGCGAACCCACGAGCUGCUGGGCCGAACCGCCACGAGCUGGGGUCUCAUCCUGCUCUUCUAUCUGAUCUUCUAUCUGUUCCUGGCUGGGAUGUUUGUGCUGACGAUGUACGUCAUGCUGCUGACGCUCGACGACUACAAGCCCACCUGGCAGGACCGGCUGGCCACCCCAGGGAUGAUGAUUCGUCCGAAGGGGGAGCAGCUGGAAAUCAGUUUCUCCGUCUCGGAGACGGAGAGCUGGGACGGCUUCGUCCAGAACCUCAACACCUUCCUAGCACCUUAUAAUGACAGCUAUCAGGUUCAGACCAAUGACAACUGUGUUCCAGACCAGUACUUCAUCCAGGAGGACAGUGGAGAGGUGAGGAAUAAUCCCAAGCGUUCCUGUCAGUUUAAUCGGACGAUGUUAGAGGACUGUUCUGGACUCACCGACCGUUUCUAUGGUUACAGCAGAGGACAGCCCUGCAUCCUCAUCAAACUGAACCGGGUGAUUGGCAUGUUACCAGGGAAGGAGGGUCAGUCUCCAUAUGUCAGCUGUGGAGCCAAGAGGUACAAACUGGGUCCAGAUGAGUGGAAGGAGGACAGUGAUAAGAUCGGACCGCUCGCCUACUUCCCUGCUAACGGAACCUUCAACCUCAUGUACUACCCGUACUACGGCAAGAGGGCUCAGGUGAACUACACGCAGCCGCUGGUGGCCGUCAAGUUCCUGAACGUGUCGCUGAACACGGACGUGAACGUGGAGUGUAAGAUCACCUCCAACACACUCGCCGCCGGAGGAGAGAGAGACAAGUUCGCCGGGCGAGUCUCCUUCAAACUGAGAGUCAACGACAAGCAGAACUAACACACACACACAUACACACACACACACACACA